CACAAGUCUAUGAAACAUAUAUAAACGAAGGCUUCAAAUGUUUCUGGCACAGUUCAGCAGUAACUAGUUCAAUCAACUACAAAGGAUCCUCCAAAGAUCAGCCAACCGUAAAACAUGAAGGUCUUCAUCGCCCUGUUCGUCGCUACCCUGACCGUUGCCGCUCAAGCCGGAUACGUCCCGAGCAGCUGGCCAGUCAGCACAUACGGACUCAACUCGUGGAACGGUCUGAAUGCCUGGAAUGGCCUUAACUCCUGGGACGAUCUGAGCUCGUGGAACAACUGGAACGAUCACGGAAUCUCUGCCUACCCGUACGGAUACAACAAGUGGUCCUCGGCGGCUUGGCCAGCGGCUUCUCUUUACAAUGGUUACAACGGCUACAACGGAUGGUACGGAGCCACCGGUAACACCGUUUUCCAGGCCAACGUUGCCAAGGUCAAUCCGUGGGGUCUUCCGCUGAACUCGUACGGCUACGGAUACAACAACUACCUGGGAGCGGUUCCAGCGGCCAAGUACGUCGCCGCCAACCCCGGGUCGGUUCAUGUUGCUCCUCUGGUCGGACACGCCGUCAACCAGAAGCUGAUUGUUGUUUAAAAUUUUUCGUCGCGGCCGUAUGGAAUAAAACCUGAUUUAG